AGACUUACUUCUCGCCGACGGUUCUAGCAGCGAUUGACUGGUUGAGGCUCUUGAUUGAACUAUACUCUCCAUCUCAUACGUCUUAGAUUUACUUCAAUUUGCCAUUGUCGAGUUGGCUUUCGUAUUUGUGAACGUUGUUUACUCCAGGUACCGUUCCUUUGUUAUUUUAGACAUUCUCCGCAUUCAUUCCCCAAGCCCUGUCGUCAUUGACGCCGUUCAUCCCUGCCCGCCUCUUUCCGAAUCUGUUGGCCCCCAGCCGGGUUCGUUAGCUCUUGUCCCAGUAUCGGCUGAAGCCAAUCAAGAGAAGGGCCGACUUCAUUUUAGAUCUUCUAGACCCCUCAUGGGGGCAAUAGAGUUGGCUUACAUAGAAUGAAUAUUUCGUAUUUAUGGCAUGCCUUUCCUAUCGAUGUCGAUCCUGCCUUAACGACUAAUCCGGCGUUGCCAAUCCUACACACGAUGUUGUCGACAUUACUAUAUGUCUUAGCCGGCCUAGCUGGCGGCACCGCUGCUCAGUCUAUCAUCACCGAUGACACCUAUUUCUACGGCCAAUCACCGCCUGUAUACCCGUCACCCAAUGGCACGGGCUCCGGAGACUGGGCUGAUUCUUACUCUAAGGCCCGAGCUCUCGUAGCCAAGUUGACCUUGGAAGAGAAGGUCAACCUUACGGGAGGUAUUGUAGCAGAUAGCUUGUGCUCCGGCAUCAUUCCUCCUAUUGAGAGAGUCGGCUUCACUGGCCUUUGUCUUAGCGACGCUGGCAAUGGAGUACGUACUACCGACUUCGCAUCGAGUUGGGCUGCCGGUAUCUCUGUUGGCGCCAGCUGGAACCGAGACCUAGCUAGCAAGAGGGCCGUCGGGAUGGCGAAAGAAUUCCGUGCCAAAGGUGUUCAUAUGGCUCUAGGACCGGUGGUAGGACCUUUGGGCCGCAUUACUGUUAGUGGAAGAAACUGGGAAGGCUUCUCAAAUGAUCCCUAUCUGUGUGGAGCUCUAGCAGCCGACACCAUCAAAGGUAUUCAAUCCGUGGGAGUAUCAACGAGCACCAAGCAUUUCAUCGGCAAUGAGCAAGAGACAAACCGAGUCCCGGAAGGAAAUGUCUCGUCAGUGUCUUCCAACAUUGACGACAAGACAAUCCAUGAAAUGUAUCUUUGGCCCUUCCAAGAUGCUGUAAAGGCUGGUACGGUAAACGUCAUGUGCUCAUACAACCGAGUGAACAACAGUUUCGGCUGUUCCAACAGUAAGAACCUAAACGGGCUUUUGAAAACCGAACUAGGUUUCCAGGGAUUCGUCGUAUCUGAUUGGGGCGCCCAACAUGCCGGCGUUGCUACAGCAUUGGCUGGGUUGGACAUGGUGAUGCCGUAUGGCACCGAAUUCUGGGCUGCCAAUCUAGUCCAAGCCGUCACCAACGGAUCGGUUGCGGAGACUAGGCUAGAUGAUAUGGCCACGAGAAUUGUCGCAACGUGGUAUAAGAUGGGCCAGGACAAGGGCUACCCGACUAUCGGCGUUGGCAUGCCAGGCGACCUCUCGGAACCUCACCAGCGAGUCAUCGCAAAGUCGCCGGACGCCAAGCCAAUCCUCUUGCAGGGAGCGAUUGAAAGCCACGUCCUGCUGAAGAACACCAACAACGCACUCCCUCUUAAGUCCCCUAAGCUAAUCUCCUUGUUCGGAUACUCUGCGAAGCCAUUCGAUCAGUAUACGCCUGGAUCUGGCGGCUGGAAUGGCGGACAGCAGCCCCUGGCGCCGCAGGAUGUGCUCGCCGACAGCGAUGGUAACGUUAUUCACACCCAGAUUGCCCUGAACGGCACGUUGGUUACUGGCGGUGGAUCGGGAGCAAACAUGCCAGCAUAUGUCAGCUCUCCCUAUGAUGCGUUGAGCCAACGCGCCUACGAUGACGGUACUAGUCUGUGGUGGGACUUCCACGACAGCAAUCCUGAAGUAGACCAGGCCUCCGACGCUUGCAUCGUUGUGGGUAACGCGUAUGCUUCGGAAAGUUGGGAUAGGCCUGGCCUACACGAUGAUUACACCGAUGCUCUAAUCCAGAACGUUGCCGCGAACUGUAGCAACACAAUCGUGGUCUUCCAUAAUGCCGGUGUCAGACUGGUCGACCAGUUCAUCGACCACCCUAACGUAACAGCACUCAUAUUCGCGCAUCUCCCCGGCCAAGACUCCGGCCGUGCCCUAACCUCGAUCCUGUACGGCGACGUCAACCCUUCGGGCAAAUUACCAUAUUCCGUCCCACGCAACGAGUCCGACUAUGGCAACCUCAAGAACCAGACCUAUCCCGACGGCAUCUACUCGCUCUUCCCGCAAUCCGACUUCACCGAGGGUGUCUACAUCGACUACCGCGCCUUCGACGCCAAGAACAUAUCCCCCCGCUAUGAAUUUGGUUUCGGCCUAAGUUACACCACCUUUGGUUACUCCGGCCUUAAAGUGUCCAAGACCAAGGGCGCUGACACAUCCUCUUACCCGUCCAAGGCGGUCGUCGAGGGCGGCCAGGAGGAUCUUUGGGACAUCAUUGCCACGGUCUCCGCGACGGUCACGAAUACCGGUAAGGUGGCGGGCGCUGAGGCUGCUCAGCUAUACGUCGGAAUCCCCAACGGCCCCGUCAAGCAGCUCCGUGGCUUCGAGAAGCCCGUGCUCAAGCCCGGCCAGUCGGCUACCGUCAACUUCAGCUUGACCAGGCGAGAUCUGAGCACCUGGGAUGUCACUGCGCAGAAGUGGCUCCUGCAGAAGGGCGGAUACAAGAUCUACGUCGGAGCAAGCAGCCGUAACUUACCUUUGACGGGCACCUUGACAAUCUAAAAUCGUCGAGUUAAUUCUCUCCCCUCCGUAAUGUUUAAAAAGAAGAGUCGAUGUGUUAAAGGCAGUUAGCCAGAUUCGAUUAUGGUCUGAUCUGGCAUUUAAUUCUUGGACGCGCGACCCUUUGGAAACAUGAGAUUAUGAUAGAAUAAUAUUACCAUAAUGUUAACCAAA